AUCCUUUGCCUUCCGGCUGUGCUGAGUCUUGUCCGGCCAGUCCCGCCUUGGGCGCCCAUUUCGAGCUCGAGUUUCAAGCUCGGCUUUCCCGGAUCAGAUUUUUCCAGGAGUGGGUUCUUGGGCAGUGGCUAUGGGGGCAGGAAUGGCGCAGCUGGAGGGUUACUAUUUUUCGGCUGCCUUGAGCUGCACCUUUUUAGUGUCUUGCCUCCUCUUCUCCGCCUUCAGCCGGGCGCUGCGAGAGCCCUACAUGGACGAGAUCUUCCACCUGCCGCAGGCGCAGCGCUACUGUGAGGGCCAUUUCUCCCUCUCGCAGUGGGAUCCCAUGAUUACCACCUUGCCUGGCUUAUACCUGGUGUCAGUUGGAGCGGUCAAACCUGCCAGUUGGAUCUUCGGAUGGUCUGAACAUGUUGUCUGCUCUAUUGGGAUGCUCAGAUUUGUUAAUCUUCUCUUCAGUGUUGGCAACUUCUAUUUACUGUAUUUGCUUUUCCGCAAGGUGCAACCCAGAAACAAGGCUGCCUUCAGUAUCCAGAGGAUCUUGUCGACAUUAACACUAGCAGUAUUUCCUACACUUUAUUUUUUUAACUUUCUUUAUUAUACAGAAGCAGGCUCCAUGUUUUUUACUCUUUUUGCAUAUUUGAUGUGUCUUUAUGGAAAUCACAAAGCUUCUGCAUUGCUUGGAUUUUGUGGCUUCAUGUUUCGUCAAACCAAUAUCAUCUGGGCUGUCUUCUGCGCGGGAAAUGUCAUUGCACAGAAGUUGACUGAAGCCUGGAAGACGGAGCUACAAAAGAAGAAAGAAGAGAGACUUCCCCCUAUUAAAGGGCCAUUUUCAGAAUUCAGAAAAAUUCUUCAGUUUCUUUGGGCUUACUCCAUGUCCUUUAAGAACCUGAGUGUGCUUUUCCUGUUGACAUGGCCGUACGUCCUUCUGGUCUUGCUGUUCUGUGUUUUCGUCGUGGUUAAUGGUGGUAUUGUUAUUGGCGAUCGGAGUAGUCACGAAGCCUGCCUUCAUUUUCCUCAGCUAUUCUACUUUUUCUCUUUCACUCUCUUUUUUUCCUUUCCUCACCUGUUGUCUCCUAGCAAAAUUAAGACCUUUCUUUGCUUAGUUUGGAAACGUCGAAUUCAGUUUUUGGGGAUUACCUUAGUCUCUGUAUUUUUAGUUUGGAAAUUCACUUAUGUUCAUAAAUACUUGCUGGCAGACAAUAGACAUUAUACAUUCUAUGUGUGGAAAAGAGUUUUUCAAAGACAUGAAAUCGUGAAAUAUUUGUUAGUUCCAGUCUAUGUAUUUGCUGGUUGGAGUAUAGCUGACUCAUUGAAAACAAAAUCAGUUUUCUGGAAUUUAAUGUUUUUCAUAUGCUUGUUUGCUGUUGUAGUUCCUCAGAAACUGCUAGAAUUCCGUUAUUUUGUUUUACCUUAUGUUAUUUAUAGGCUUAACAUACCUCUCCCAACCACGUCCAGACUUCUUUGUGAACUGGCUUGCUAUGCAAUUGUUAACAUCCUAACUUUUUAUGUAUUUCUGAACAAGACUUUUCAGUGGCCAAAUAGUCAGGACGUACAAAGGUUUAUGUGGUAAUGUCAAGGAUAUUUUGAACUCUGAAAAUAGACUUAAUAAUUAGACUAUUACCAUAUUGAACAACUGAAUAGGUAAAAAUUAAGGAAUUUCUUUUAGAUACAAAAGGGAUCAUCAAAUCACAUUAGAUUUUUUAUAUAUGUUAUAAACAUAUAUAACAAAUCCAAGGAAGUCAAAUGGUAAAAGAACUGAAAAAGGUUUCCUCAAAAGCCUGAAUAAUGAGAAAAUUAAAUUGUUUACA